AUGGAUGAAUUACAUAACUUAAAGCUUGAUCGUCGCCGUCGACGCCCUGCACUUUCAUGUGUUAGCUGCAGGAGAUCCAAGAUUCGCUGUGACCGUAAUCUACCCUGCGGCGCCUGUGUAAGGUCCAAGCAUAAGACUUGUGUUUAUGAACCCCAAGGCCUAUCGCGGCAUUCGGAUAUACUACCUGGCGCAGUCGGUCCAUCUCAGCCGACCGAUACACUGCCGGCUCUCAACUCCGAGACCACCGUCUCCCCCGUUGCGGGUGGAUCGGCUCAUGCGCAUCGCAGCGAUGGGUCACAUCACGACCACUCCGCUCAUUCUAUGACUGGGUCAACGCCCGUCGAUUCAACUUCUUCUCAGGGCAACGAAUCAUCUUUCGACGUUAGGGCAUUGCUGGAUAGAAUUAGUGACCUUGAGCGCCGUUUAGAAGAGUCUAUGGAAUACCAUUCAAGCCCGAAGAACUCCAAACCACACUCCGCCACUGUUCCCGAGACCGUAGCUACCUAUCCUAGUUACCUUGCUGGGGAGUUACAUACCAUGAACAAAAGUGUCAUGACAAAGACAAGGUACUUGGGUCAAAGUCACUGGAUGAACCAGAUUGGAGGCUUCAAACCCAUCCUAGAACUAUUCGAUAGACUUUGUCGAGAGAAGAAAUCCGAAGCAAUAGCACUUGUAAACAAAAGCAAGACGCUAGCUCGCACCAUCAAGGCACAACGAGUGCCUGAUCUAUUAAAAUUCAAAUUUGGUACAAAUGUACCGUGCCGAGAGGUCGCCGAUAAACUCGUGGAUGGGUAUCUUCGAACUGUGGAAUCUGUCUAUCGAAUAUUACAUGUCCCCUCAUUUAGAAAAGAGUACGAGGUGUUCUGGUCCUCGCCAGAUUCGGUUGACCUCUCCUUCGUAAUUCAACUACAGCUCGUUAUGGCAAUCGGUUGUACAGUGUAUGACGAGCAAUUCUCUUUGCGAAAAUCGGCUAUUCAAUGGGUCUACGAAGCACAAUUCUGGCUUAUGUCCCCAAUUCCAAAGACGAGAUUAACCCUCUCCGGUCUACAGGUCAUGCUGCUCCUCUGUUUCGCACAGCAGGCUGCCUCCGUCGGCCAUGAUUUGGUCUGGAUCCCAGUCGGAGAUGUAAUGCGCACGGCGAUGUAUAUGGGCCUCCACAGGGAUCCAAAGAAACUCCCCAGGAUGAAUACUAUUCGUUCAGAGAUGCGGCGUCGACUAUGGAACACCAUUCUAGAACUUGCUCUACAGACAAGUAUGGACUCCGGCGGUCCGCCCCUAAUCCAUUUCCAGGACUAUGAUACGUGUGCGCCGACCAAUAUCAACGAUGACCAAUUAACCGACGACAAUGCGCCAGCUAUUGCUAGCCCUUUAGAACAAUUCACGGACACCUCUGCAGCUUUAGCCCUCCGUAUCACCUUUCCGGCACGGCUAGAAGUUGCGCGAUCGCUCAAUGAAUUUGAUUCGCAGCAUACGUACGAAGACGCCCUUCGACUCCAUGGACAACUAAGUACCGCGUAUAAGUCGCUCUCCCAAUAUCUUCAAAAACUCGCGUCUAGCGAUCGACAGCCGACAGCGUUCCAGAGGCGCUUUAUAGAUAUUCUCGUCCGCCGAUACUUUAUGGCCUUACAUCUUCCUUACUUUAAUCCAUCUAUGGUUGAGCCAGCUUAUGCCUUUUCGAGGAAGACAGUCAUAGAGAUGUCGGUCAAGAUGUGGUUAACUGUUUUCCCGGCCGCUGCCCUGAACCCUCGACCUUUUCCAUGUCCUCCAAACGGGCCAGAAACAAUAUCAACCAAUGCAGACGACUUGGCGCGAAUGACUACUUGUGCAGGCGGUGUCUUCCGUUGUAUUCUCUCCCAGGUGUCCAUGUCAAUUGGUCUCGAGCUAAAGAGUCAGCUGCAAGAAGAUGACGGACUCGGGCCCCCAACGCCCCGAAUAGAUCUGUUCAAUAUCCUACGCGACUCAGCAUCCUGGAUUUUUGGUCGCGUAAAGAUCGGAGAAACAAAUAUCAAGGGAUACAUGUUCACCGCAGCCUUAGUAGCACAAGUCGAGGCGUUGAUGAGCGGUCUAAAGGGGCCGGACCUUACGGAUGUUGUCAUCAAAGCUGGUACCGAAGCCAUACGUGAAAGUUUCAACGUGCUGAAGCAGCGGGCAGAGAUGGAAGUAGACGAGGCUGCUAAUACUAAUGACAGUGAAGCCCAGUUUAACUUUGAUACCAUGAUGGCGAUGGAAGAAGACUGGGAAUACGAUAACUCGAUGCAAAAUGUCCUUUUUGAUUUUACUAGCAUCGAAUCUGUGUUAGGGGUAGCCUCUGGUACUGAUAUGACGGCGGCACCCGACUUUUCACAGUGGUCAUGA